UACGAUGGAUAUUGCCGAGAUGUCGAACUAUAGAUAAAGAGAGGCGUUGAUCCAGCUGAGUUUGUCAUUAAUUAUUCACACACUCACUCGCUCGCUCACCAUCGUCUCUCCUUUUCUGCCUUUCUACUCUUACCAGCUUUCGACCAAGUACCGUACUUUAAUCUUUUCAAUAUGAAGUUCUCCGGUGUUCUGUCGGCGCUCACCCUCGCCGGUGCGGCAGCUGCUAAGAUCAACAACUCUAAAUACGCAACAACCACCGUCGCUGGUGUAAAGGUUGUCGACACUCAGGUUGUUCGUGAUGCCCGUAAGGCCAUCGAAGUAUUCGAGGAGCUCCAGCCCUAUCUUGUCAAGCACUUGUACCGUACUUGGCUGUUCGGUGCUGCUGCCAUCAACGCCAAUGAGACUCUCUACAGCACUAUUGACCUUGAACUUCACGCUGUCGGCACCCUUCUCCACGAUCUUGGUUGGGAUAUGCGAAAGGACUCUCCCUGGGUUUCUCAGAAUCAGCGAUUCGAAGUCGACAGUGGCUUGAGUGCUGUGAAGCUUGUCAAGGAGUCCAUCGCAGGCGACAGCUGCCAGGAGAAGAAGUGGACGGAUGCUCGCCUCGAGAAGUUGUAUGAUGGUAUCUCCCUACAGACGGAGAUGAGCAUCAUCUCUGGCAAGAACCAACAGUCGCAGUGGAUCGUUAACAGCGUUGGCUUUGAGUUCCCCGGCCCCCGUAAUCCCGCCAUCCCGGAGAAGGACUACAACGCCAUCUUGGCCGCUUACCCCAACGUCUACCUCUUCCGUGGCAGCAACGAGACCUUUACCUACCUAGCCGGUGCCAAGCCCGCUGGUACCUACAACACCUUCCUCCAGGACUUUGGCGAGCACUUCGUUCCCGGCUAUAAUGCCACCGGAAAGAGGCUCUUCGAUGUUCUCCAAGAGGGUGCCGUCAACGAGAUCGCCGCUCACCCCGACGCUACCAAGAACUCGUAGGGCGAUGAUUUUGAUGUUAUCAUGAGAACGAGUUGUGGAUAAGUGAGCGAAGCGACGGUGAAAAGGGGUUGAGCAUCUAUGUCAUAAUUCUACUGUACAUAUUGAAUGGCGUCUAACUGCCUUAGACGACGAUAAUACAUAAUGGAAGCAAGCAUAUUUCUACCAAUC